CGGAGCGAAGCGGCGGCGGCGGCGCGGCGCGGCGCAGGGCGCGGGGCGACAUGGCCACCACAGCGCAGUACCUGCCGCGGGGCCCCGGCGGCGGAGCUGGGGGCACGGGACCGCUCAUGCAUCCGGAUGCCGCGGCGGCAGCGGCGGCGGCGGCGGCCGCUGAGCGGCUACACGCGGGGGCCGCGUACCGCGAAGUGCAGAAGCUUAUGCACCACGAGUGGCUGGGCGCGGGCGCGGGCCACCCCGUGGGCCUAGCGCACCCCCAGUGGCUUCCCACCGGAGGCGGCGGCGGCGGCGACUGGGCCGGUGGCCCUCACCUGGAACACGGCAAGGCGGGUGGUGGCACUGGCCGAGCUGACGACGGCGGCGGCGGUGGAGGUUUCCACGCGCGCCUGGUGCACCAGGGGGCGGCCCACGCGGGUGCGGCAUGGGCGCAGGGAGGCACGGCGCACCACUUGGGCCCAGCCAUGUCGCCGUCGCCUGGGGCCGGCGGGGGCCACCAGCCGCAGCCGCUUGGGCUGUACGCGCAGGCGGCCUACCCAGGGGGCGGCGGCGGCGGCCUGGCCGGGAUGCUGGCGGCGGGCGGUGGUGGCGCGGGGCCGGGCCUGCACCACGCGCUGCACGAGGACGGCCACGAGGCACAACUGGAGCCGUCGCCGCCGCCGCACCUGGGCGCCCACGGACACGCACACGGACACGCACACGCGGGCGGCCUGCACGCGGCGGCGGCACACCUGCACCCGGGCGCGGGCGGUGGUGGCUCGUCGGUGGGCGAGCACUCGGACGAGGAUGCGCCCAGCUCUGACGACCUGGAGCAGUUCGCCAAGCAGUUCAAGCAGCGGCGCAUCAAGCUGGGCUUCACGCAGGCCGACGUGGGGCUGGCGCUGGGCACGCUGUACGGGAACGUGUUCUCGCAGACCACCAUCUGCCGCUUCGAAGCCCUGCAGCUGAGCUUCAAGAACAUGUGCAAGCUCAAGCCGCUGCUCAACAAGUGGCUGGAGGAGACCGACUCGUCCAGCGGCAGCCCCACCAACCUGGACAAGAUCGCGGCGCAGGGCCGCAAGCGCAAGAAGCGCACGUCCAUCGAGGUCGGGGUGAAAGGCGCGCUGGAGAGCCAUUUCCUCAAGUGCCCCAAGCCCUCGGCGCACGAGAUCACGGGCCUGGCUGACAGCCUGCAGCUGGAGAAGGAGGUGGUGCGCGUGUGGUUCUGCAACCGGCGGCAGAAAGAGAAGCGCAUGACCCCCGCGGCCGGCGCGGGCCACCCGCCCAUGGACGACGUUUACGCGCCCGGGGAGCUGGGGCCGGGCGGGGGCGGCGCGUCGCCGCCCUCGGCGCCCCCGCCCCCGCCUCCAGCCGCGCUGCACCACCACCACCACCACACACUGCCGGGCUCGGUGCAGUGACCCCGCGGGCUGGGCUCCCCCCGCCCCCAACACCCCUCGCAGCCGGCGGCGAGGCGCGGCGAGACGCGGGCGCGCAGACCUCCCGCGCGGCCUGGACUCUUUUUGUUCGGUUGCUUUGGAUUUUACAAA